UGUACCCAUGGAUAUCAAAAGGUCCUCGCGAAAUAACUAUUUCGAUGCGCCUUCGUUUGUAAGCGAUGUUGAUACUACGGCAAAAUUUGACAUAUCGCAACUGUAUCGCCCCAAAAUAGGGGACCAUGUUAUAGGAGUAGUGGUGGCCAAGAACUCUGACUUCUAUAGUCUGGAUAUUGGAGGCCUCACAGAGGCUAUAUUGCCAGCAGUAGAUGGGUUUCGUGGCGCAACCAAACGUAAUCGCCCAAAUAUCAACGAAGGUGACGUAAUCUUCUGCCAAAUUACAAAACAGUAUCCUCGAAAUGAAUUACCAGUAGAAGUAUCCUGUCUAGAUGUAGAUGAUAUGAAGCAAUGGACGACUAAAGAAACCUACUUUGGCUCACUAGAAGGUGGAUUCAUGUUCUCUGUACCUAUUCCAUAUAGUUACUGUCUUUCUGGCGCACGGUGCCAUGUUUUAGAGAAAUGCGCUGGAAGAUUCAAAUAUGAGAUAGCUGUGGGUUUGAAUGGGAGGGUUUGGAUCAAGAGUACCAAUGAAGUUGAUACCAUAUUAAUCGCCAGAUAUAUACGUAUGUGCUUUGGCUUGUCGCUGGCCCAGACGGAAGCAUUGUUUUUAUAUCUUGACAAUGCUUAAUAUAGUCACUUGUCUACUGUGUGGUCUACUUAUAGUGCUU